UUCAUUGCUUUGAAGUAAAUAGUGAGAUCUGCAGCUUGUAAUUCUUCAAUGUUCAUCUCAGGGUCACCACCACUGAUCUCCCCAGAUUUAAUUAACUAUGUCCAUAUAAGAGUGACACCUAGCGAUACUAGACAGCACACAAACGGUAUAUUAGUAAAGUAUUCACUGUGCUCCUCAGUGCUCUGCACAUCACCUUUUACGAAGAGAAACUAAGGAACAAGCAGGUUAUGUGUUUGUAAACCUUAGAAGUAUACACACUUUCUUGAGUGAGCCAACUGUUCGGACGAGUCGAGAAGCUAUACUUCAACUGGUUAUAGCUUUUCCAGAGAUUCUACCUCUCACUGAUCUUGGCAACUCAACGAUGCAACCUUGUAACGAGUUGCAUUCCAGUGCUAGAGAAAAAGUGAAAAUUACUGAUUACUGUCCAUCAAAUGAUUGUUAUCCUAUUAGUUUAUGAAGGUAUCAAGUAUCAGUACAAGGAAUGUCAGAGGACAUUUGGGCAAACUUUUUUCUUAAACAGCAUAUGAAUACUUUUGCAAGUCAAAAGAAUUUUGUGCAAGAAAGUAAUUUCAAUGUGCACAUGAAUACUGCUCAUGAAGGUGUGAAGGCUCAUAAGUGCGAGGUAUGUCAGAAGACAUACGGACGAAGCAGUAAUUUAAAGGAGCACAUGAACACUGUUCAUGGAGGCAUUAAAGCUCACAAAUGUGAGGUAUGUCAAAAAACUUUUGGCCAGGUGGGACAUCUGCAUGUGCAUAUGAACACCGUGCAUGAGGGAAUCAGAGCUCACAAAUGUGAAAUAUGUCAAAAAACAUUUGGACAGGGAGGUCAUCUCAAUGUGCACAUGAAUACUGUUCAUGAGGGCAUCAAGCCUCAUAAAUGUGAAAUAUGUCAAAAAACAUUCGGCCAGGUGGGUCAUCUUAAUGUGCAUAUGAACACAGUUCACAAAGGGAUAAAAGCUCAUAAGUGUGAGGUGUGCCAAAAGACAUUUGGUCAAGUUGGUCAUCUCAAUGUUCAUAUGAACACCUUCCAUUGAAAUUCACAAGCUCAAAAAUGUUUUAUUUAUUCUAAAACUUUAAAUAAAAAAAGCUUUUGGCAGGUACAAGAUUUUUAAGAGUCAUUAGAUUAAAAACUGAUAAUAUAAAAACUUAAAUCAAACCUGAAUUUACCAAUCCCUCUGUACUAAAUUUAAAAAUGUCUUUAUGACCAGACAUGUUAAGUGAAUUAAUACUCUGAAAGAUAAUUAAAAUGAUAUAAGCAGUAUCAUAAUGGGUAAAAAGAUUUCUAGUAUUAUAUUCUUUUGGAAUUAUCAAAGACAAAAUAGCAUGCAAAUCAGUAAAAUAUGUAAAAUUGAAAAAAAUUUGUUCGACGAUGUAUAAUUUUUUAUAAAUAAUAAAUAUGAAUAAGUAUUUAAAUUUCAGAGUUGCAAUGUAAUCUACUUAAUUUAUAUUCAAGUUUUAAGUGUCUCUUAAUGCGUAAUUAUUAAUUUUUAUGACCCAUUGCUAGAAACUAAAGUGAAUUGCACUUUAUCAAAUUUUAUUAAACUUUUUAUAAAAAUCGUCGAUUUUAUACAUAUCAUUAAAAAAUCAUUUUGCCA